CUUGUUCUUGUGCAAGAACAUCCUAACUCAAGGGAAUUAAGCGAAGAAAUCCACAAUACGAUUGAAAGCCUUUUACUACAAUUCAAGAGAAACCCUAAGUUGCUUCGAGAUACUCCUGAGAUGAUUUUCCAAAACCUACUCAAUGAAGGAGGAUCAGCGCUUUAUCAACAGGUGUCUGAUACUCUUUUGAGUUCCCAUCCAGAAAUACCAUAUAUGGAGCUGUUGGACAAAAAUGGUCAUCAAGGCCCUGUUGUUGGUCGAUUUUUUUGCUCUGACAAAGUGGUUUGCUUUGAUGUUUCCCCAGACGAAAAACUCUUGGUAAGCGAAUGUCGUGAUGGAACGACGUCGUUAUGGUCCCUUGAGACUGGAAAGCGGCUGUGGGAAAAAGCUUUAUUAAAAUCGAGAAAGUCAUACAAUGAAGUUCCUCUUGGAAGUACUUUUAGACAGACGUGCGAAGAUAAUGAGACUGGGAAAAAGACGCUGUCGUUUUACCGUUCCACUGUCUUCCAUCCAGACGGUUGUUCCAUUUUGCCAGGAAACUUGGCCAAAGUUUACAGCUUAGAUGGAGAACCGAAGUCACUCUUUCCAGGGAGCAAAUGUCAUUUCAAUGUUUGCCAUUUCUCACGUAACAAAAUUAGGAUGUUAACUGAUUGUCCAGAAGACGCCCAUCAAGUGGUCAUGUGGAACACCAAGAAUGGUGAGGAGAUCAAACGCUUCGAGAGCGAAGAAACCAUAGCCUCUUUUGCUAUUUCUCAAGAUGGAAGUCGUGUUGCGAUCUGCAAUACAAGUGGCUUACUCUGGUUACAAGCUGUUGAAAAUCCCAGCUGGAAGAAAGCACCUCCAAACAUUUUUGGUGAAGGUAACCCCUGUGGACUGUUACAUUUUACAGAAGCGGGAGUUCUUGUCGGUGGUAGUAUCCAACAUGAGCUGUCUGAUCACCGAGAUAAGUACAAAAUUUCGGUGCCAGCGCUUCAGUCACAAUCAUCUUGUGUCUUGUGGCCGUGGGAAUCGGUUGAUUCUGUUGAUAGAUUGAAAGUCGUUUGCAAGACAUUCCAUUUGGUUUCUGCAGACUUAAUAAUGGGAUUUUGCCUCAUGUUACUAAAAGAUUUGGCAGUGGUCGGGAGUCCAACGGUUAAUUACUUGACGAUGCUUGAUAUUACUCGCCCCCUACAAGACGUAGAGAUGCCACGGACAGCACAAACUGCGUUUUCUGCAGACAACGGUAGCACGCGCUUGUACACAACUAUCGCCAUUUGCAACCAUUCGGCAGAAAUGGAAACGGAUGAGUCACGCUUGGUGACAUUUACUAUGCGGGACGCAAACAAUGCCAGGGAAGUGAAGCAGGAAAAGUCCUUCCAACACAGUUCACGUCGUGUCAAGAAUGGAGUCCUGACUGUAAUUGUUACAUACAAUGGUGAGACAGGUGUUCUCUUGCAAACAGACAGCAAGAAAUUAGAGGUAUGGAACAGUGACUUGUCUCAAGGUUUUAACUCUAUUACCAUGAUGGGAAAAAUCGAAAGACUAAUUCCUGUAUCGCAAGAUCUUGUUGGAUGCGUUUUAUACACGCCUAAAUUUUCAUCCGAAGGACAACACGAACUUACAAUCGCCUUGUUUGAUGUCUCCGCGUGGAAAGUUGUAUUUGAAAGAAACUUGAGUGGUAAACCAGAACUAAAAUCGAUUGCGUGCAGUCUUCAAAGAGAUGUGGUGUGCUGUGCAGAAAAUGACGCAAGAAAGCGCGAAAUGUUUUUUUACAGGGGUGAGGCAAAUGUUCCCAUUUGGAAAGAAGACGACAUUUACCAGGGCGGUUGCAACUGGAGACAUCCACACUGCGUAUUUUCUCCUCAGGGAGAUGUAGUCGUCACAUGGAAUACUCUGAAUAAUGGCUAUGGAUUGCACGCUCUCAAUGCGAAAACUGGAAUGAGGAAGCAGGUAUUUCUGGAAAACUGUUACGACAUCGCAGACAGCAAGUUCCUCAACGAUGGUGAGACUAUGGUCUGCUACAGAUACGAGUCUAACGUACGACUUUUCAAUGUUACGUCCGGCGAAGCACUAGCUGUCUUGGACAUAGGAGAGCGCCCGACCUGUAUAGGAUGUUCUCCUGGUGAGCCUCGUAUUGCUGUUGGCCUACGUUUUGGAAACGUAAUAGUGAUUCGAGCGCAUGUGCCAAAACUACGGAGAGCCAACCACAAACAGAGGAAGGGACCUGGUGAGAGUCUAAUUAGCGGAGAUUCGCAAACCAAGAGGAGUUAGUGUCUGUGGGAUGCCUCGGAAAGGUGUUAG